AUGCCUGAAGCCAGCGUCAAAGCGCCCAAGAAGGGCUCCAAGAAAGCCGUCAAUAAGACCGUGACCAAGACCGGCAAGAAGAGGCGCAAGUCCAGGAAGGAGAGCUACGCCAUCUACGUGUACAAGGUGAUGAAGCAGGUCCACCCCGAUACCGGCAUCUCCUCCAAGGCCAUGGGCAUCAUGAACUGCUUCGUGAACGACAUCUUUGAGCGCAUCGCCGGUGAGGCCUCUCGUUUGGCUCACUACAACAAGCGCUCCACCAUCACUUCCACCAUCACUUUCCUGAGAAAAGUACACAAUCCUGUGUUAUCCUUCUCGCGGCAGAAUUUGCUCUAA